AUUCAUUUUUUCCCAAUGUUAUCUCUCUCUCUCAUUUAUGCACAUAUUUAGGCCGCCGGCUUCACUUUCUCAUAUUUUUCUUCUUUCUCAUAUUUAUGCGCAUAAAUAUGUGCAUUCAUUUUUUUCCAAUGUUAUCUCUCUCUCUCUCUCUCUCUCUCUCUCAUAUUAUUUUUUAAUUCUUUCAUCUCAUCAAGGAAUGAAAUUAACAUAACACAUGUGGAGAUAAUUUGAUAACUGAAACAAAGUUAGAGAAGAUAGAUGUGGGUAUGUGUAACCUUUUAUGGUAUUUUGAUGAAUUUGAAUGGGUUGCGAAGGCCUCUUCUGGAGCAUCAGGGGGUUUGCUAUGUCUAUGGGAUAGGAGGCAUUUUGUUAAGCGGGAAGAAUUUACUGGUGAUGGGUAUGUGGGAAUUUCAGGGGAAUGGGGAGUUAAUAAGCAACAAUGUAGUCCAAAUGAUAGACAGAAGAGGGCUAAGUUGUGGGAGGAGCUGAGGAAGAUGGUGAUAGAAAAGGAAGGGCGGUGGUUGAUCGCAGGGGAUUUUAAUGCUGUUCGAGGCCCGGAGGAAAGACGAGGAAAAUCAGAGGUGAGGGCAGAUAUAAGGGACUUUGAGGAGUUCAUUGAGACAACAGGUUUGGUGGAUGUCAAAUUGACGAAUAGAAGAUAUACAUGGUACAAGCCAGAUGGAACAACAAGGAGCAGACUGGAUAGAUUUUUGUUGACUAUGGAGAUGAACAAUUUGGGAGGCGAGUGGAUACAACAGGGAUUGCCAAGAAACAUAUUUGAUCAUUGUGAAAUGGUUUUGAAGUCCAAAGCAACUGAUUGGGGAACAAGACCUUUUAGAGUUUUGGAUGCAUGGCAACAACAUCCAAAAUUCAAGAAGGUUGUAGAAGAUAAGUGGAGAGAUAUGGUAGUGGAGGGGUAUGCAGGGUAUAAAUGCCAACAAAAGCUAAAAUUGUUAAAAGAAUUUUUAAAAGGAUGGAACAAGGAGGUAUUUGGGAACAUGGAAGCCCAGUAUGUGCAGGCUGUUAAAAAAAUAGAGCAGGUUGAUAUGCAGAAUGAGGUAGCUGACUUGGAAGAAUUUGAGAUUGUUAAAAGGCAAGAAGGAUUUGAUGAGAUGUGGGAUUGUUUGAGAAAAAGGGAACUAAUUUGGAAGCAGAAGUCAAGGAGCAAGUGGGUGCGAGAGGGUGACGCGAAUACCCAAUUUUUUCAUAGAGUGGCUAAUGGAAGAAAGACUCAAAAUAGUAUUGCAGGUUUGAUGUGUGAUGGGGGGUGGAUUGAAGAUCCAGAUGCAGUUAAAAAUGAGACUGUUAAAUAUUUUAGAAGUUGUUUCCAAGGUGACUCAUGGAAUAGACCCAAGCCCAAUGGUAUUAAAUUUAAAAAGAUCUCUGAGGAGAAAAAAGAAUGGCUAGAAAGACCAUUUGCGGUUGAAGAAAUUGAGGAAGGUUUAAGGAGUUGUAAUGGUUCAAAGGCACCGGGACCGGACAGGUACAACUUCAAUUUUCUUAAAUCGGUGUGGCAUUGCAUAAAGGAGGAUUUCAUCAGUUUUUUCUCUGAGUUUCAUCGGAAUGGUAAACUGGUGAGGGGCCUAAACUCUUCCUUUUUAGCUUUGGUGCCUAAGAAAUUGAAUGCUGUGAAUUUAAAGGAUUAUAGACCCAUUAGUUUGAUUGGAUGCGUCUAUAAAUUAUUAGCGAAGGUAUUGGCUAAUAGAUUGAAAUCGGUGAUGUCAGAAAUUGUGAGUGAAACUCAAUCUGCUUUUGUGAGGGGCCGUCAAUUGAUUGAUAGUGUAUUGGUGUUGAAUGAAGUAGUAGAUGAGAUAAAGAACAGGAAGCAGCUAGCUUUUGUCUUUAAGGCAGACUUUGAAAAGGCAUAUGAUUGCGUAGAUUGGUCUUUUUUAGACUGGAUGAUGGAUAGUUUUGGUUUUAGAAUAAAGUGGAGAGGAUGGAUUAUGGAGUGUCUUUCAACUGCGAGAAUUUCGAUUUUGUGGGACUAUGUUUGUCAUGAUAAGGCAAAGGGGGGCUUAGGGGUACCAGAUCUGCUUAGGAAAAAUUGGGCAUUGUUAGGAAAGUGGUGGUAUAGGUUUGGUGAUGGGGUUGAGAACUUAUGGAAAAGGGUGGUGAGGGAAAAAUAUUAUGGAGGUAGGAGCGAGGUUGAUAUUACAGCGGUUGAGUAUUCGAGGGUGUCAAAGCUGUGGAGGGAUAUUAUUAAAAUAGGGGGUCAAUCUUUGAGACUUAGGAAUAUGUUGGUAGAGGGUUUCAAGUGGGAAGUGGGUGAGGGAAAUAAGGUGGACUUUUGGCAAGAGAGGUGGGUUGGUGAUAAAACUCUUAGGGAUUUAUGUCCAAGAUUGUAUGCUCUAGCCGUAAAGAAGGAGGGAAAGGUCUCGGAAAUGGGAAACUGGGAUGAGGGUAGAUGGGGUUGGCGGGUUGAGUGGAGGAGAGGUACUAUAGGGCGUGAGAAGGAUGAGGAGGUGGUGCUGGAAAAGGCAUUGGAGGGUGUCCAACUAAAGGAGGGGGUUCGGGAUGUGUGGAAGUGGAGGCAUGAGAUGGAUGGCAAAUAUGUUGUUGGUGCCAUCCAAAGUGGCUUUUUUUGGGUGGCGAUUGUGCUUAAACAGGCUUCCAACAAAGGAAAAUCUUUACAAGCGAGGGGUGCAGCUGCAGGAGGAAGAAGGAAUGCUCAAGUAUUUCGAGAAGAUGAAGGAAUACCAAAAAAACUGCUGGAAAGGGUGCAAGUAAAAACCUUUCUAUGGUUAAAGGCUAAAGUGAAUGGCUGUGUCUUUUCCUUUCAUGAAUGGCAAUCUUGUUCGACGGAGUGUGCAAAGGCUGUCAAACGGCAUAAAAGGAUGAGGAAGCAAUUCUCUAAGGCUGUUGCGCCACCUAAAUAAUGGGGGGAGGUUCUCAAUCUGCUAUUUACGCCUGCCGUAUGAGCCCUGAUUGUUUGGGUUUUUAGGUUGGCAUAAGCUGCAGAAUCCGGCUUAGUUUGUAUCUUCUCCUGUUGUUUUCCUGAAGGUUUUUUCAGAGUUUUUGAGUUCGUAAUUAUUGUAGCUUUUUGGUUUGUAUCUGGAGUUCCCCGGGCUGUAUUGUAUUUUGGGAGUAUUUCUUAUGCUCCUUUGCUAAUAUAUUUCGUUUGAUGCU